UUGCCCUGUAAACUAAUUCAAUUAGUCUUCCAAGUUCUUGAUGAUCCCCAAAAUGUGCAGGUUCAAUCUUAUAUUAGGGUUUUCAAUUUGUCUGAGUUUGUUUGCCUUCCCAGAUACCAUAUCUGCACAACUCAAACAAAACUUCUACGCUACAAUUUGUCCAAAUGUUAAUGUUGAAAACGUUGUUAGAGGUGUUGUCAGAACGAAAUUUCAACAAACGUUUGUUACUGUUCCUGCAACUCUUCGUCUCUUCUUCCAUGAUUGCUUUGUCCAGGGCUGUGAUGCUUCGGUUAUAAUUGCAUCCACUUCAAACAACCAGGCCGAGAAGGACCACCCGGACAAUCUGUCGUUGGCCGGAGACGGAUUCGACACGGUCAUCAAAGCCAAAGCAGCAGUUGAAGCAACCAGCUGCAAGAAUAAGGUCUCUUGUGCUGAUAUUCUUGCCAUGGCGACCCGAGACGUGAUUGCACUGUCCGGUGGUCCUUCAUAUGCUGUUGAAUUGGGAAGAUUGGAUGGGCUUAGCUCAACAGCUUCAAGUGUGGAAGGGAAGCUGCCUCAGCCGAAUUUCAAUUUGAAUCAGUUGAACGCCUUGUUUGGUGCUAAUGGCCUCACGCAACAGGACAUGAUCGCUCUCUCAGCGGCGCACACCGUCGGAUUCUCUCAUUGUGGCAAGUUCUCGAACCGGAUAUACAGUUUCAGCGCUCAAAAUCCAGUGGAUCCUACGCUGAACCCGACAUAUGCGACGCAGCUUCAGGGAAUGUGCCCAAAGAAUGUGGAUCCAAGCAUAGCCAUCAACAUGGACCCGAACACACCUAACACAUUUGACAACAAAUACUUCACCAAUCUUCAACAAGGCAAGGGUCUCUUCACGUCGGAUCAAGUACUCUUCACGGACACAAGGUCCAAGCCCACUGUUGAUGCAUGGGCCAAAAACUCGCCAGCCUUUCAACAGGCCUUCGUUACUGCCAUGACCAAAUUGGGUCGGGUCGGGGUGAAAACCGGGACGAACGGGAACAUCCGUCGCGAUUGUGGAGUGUUUAAUUAAGCUAAAUAAUUCCAGAAUAUGUCAAAGAUGAAGCCAAAUCUCAACUUUCAGAUUUUGUGAUCAAGGAAAUUGAUUAUUGCAAGUGGGUUUGUCAAACAAAAUAAGGGUUGUUGUGUUGUACAUGUUGAAGACAAAAAUAAUUGUCGAUUAAUGUGACAGCACAUAUUCAUUGAACUAGUUAUUUAAUCUCUACUAAUAAAUAAUGUUUCACUUGUGAGUUUUUACUUC